AUGGACCCCACCUAUUUAAAGGUGGAGUUUAUCCAAAUCAAGGAUCCUCAUAAACUCAACUGUCUGACCGUGAAUCCCCAAUUAAAAGUCACAAAUUUGGAUAAGGCGGAUUCUAAUACUGCGGGUAGAAGAAAGCGAUCAACAUGGAGUAAGGUUAAAGAUGAGGUUUUAGCGAGGUCGUUUGUUACUAUCAGCGAUGAUCCAAUCAUCGACAAUUAUCAGAAAGUAGAUGUUUUCUGGGGUCGUAUUGCAAGUAACUACAAUGAGAAUCGUCCUCUAGCUAUACCCAAUAGAAUUGCUAGUGUCAUACGAUCGCAUUGGCACAAUACCAUACAAAUAAAGGUAUAUCCCUUCAACACAAAUUACAAUAGUAUUUAUAGUGCGUAUCAUAGCGGCCACAGUAAUGAGGACAUAUUGCGGUUUGCGUAUGAAAAAUAUCACAAGGAAAAUAAUGGCAAUGCAUUUAAUCUCGAGCAUGUAUGGAGAAUCGUAAAAGAUCGUCCAAUAUUUACUCCACAGUCCGUUGAUCACCUUGUUGGCAAGGACCUCGGAGUCAGGGGUAAGCAACACCUCAUCUAA